UAAUUGUGCAACGUACACAAACCUUGCUCGAGUUAUCAGUUGGAGUGACAACCGGAAAUUAAAGUUGAAAUCGACACGAUUACUUCAUUAGCUCUGUUUCGGUUUCUGUUUCGGGUGGUGUGUAUGGGGGGUUCAGGGGUUGACAAGGUCACCCUGGGAGCAGCUCCGCUCAGAGGAGCCAUAACUAACCAAUUAGCAAUUUGCAAGCGGUAGCAGGCGUAGCCAAGCACCUUCUCUCGUGGGUGGAGCGGAGUGUGCCAAGGUGAAACGCAAUCAGCAACAGAAACUAAAACAGAGGCAGAGACUGAGAGACUGCCAAAGCCAAAGACUUGGGCCAAAUUCGAUCAGGUGCAAGCGACACGGACAGAGACACAGACAGAAACGGAGACGAGGGCCACGUAGUCAGGCCAAGGGAUGAGCGGAGCUCCGUGGAGAUGUCGAUGUCAUUGGCGCGGACGUUCACUAAAGUGAAGGCGUAAAUGUAGACAGAGUCAGAACUUCAGCGAAUAUGCCAAGGAAUGUCAAAAGAAAUGAAUUACCUUUGACUGGAUGAGUGCUCCAGCUCCAGCGACUGCUCUUGCCUCACCCCCGAUACCCAUCCCUGUACCCAUCCUAGGCCGAGUCGCACUUUACUGCAAAUGCAAAAACUUUAGACAGGGAAUCAAUUGUUUUUGCCUUGUUUUAUUUCACCCAAGACACGCAACAACACAACAAUGGAAACAAUGGAAGAAGUAAACUUUAUCAUCUCUUCGAUAUCCGCUGGACAGAUUUCCUGGAAAUGGAAUCGAAUAAUCCAAACAAAUGUCGCCUCGUAUUGUGGGGCAAAUAAAUCCCAUACUCGUAUUACUGCAAAGCCAAGAUAUAUGACGCUACUUUUGAUGGGAUUUUAUGAAUACAAAUGUACCCUCGAUAUUUACGAGUCCGAGGGUACGACAAGCGCUGUGAUAGGGGGUGUGGGUGGAGAGUGUAACUAGCAACAAAUGGGCGGUCGGGGGCGUGACAACAACCGUGAAAAGAACUUGAGGAUGACAGUUAUGGGUUACAAAGGCAAGGAUUGAAUCAAAUAAAUAAGCGCGCAAGGUUCUCGUCUCGUCAUGUCAGGGGGUCGGAUUGGAUCCAGGGGUUGAAUGGGAUUCGAUUGAGCGAACGAACGGGUUAUACGGGCUGUGUGGCUGUGUGGGUGUGUGCGCGGGGGUAACCUUACCACGUCCACAUCCACAUCCACGUCCAUGUCAAGUUUGCAUGCGGCUGCAGGUAAUUCCUCAUUUCAUGCCGUUGUUUCGCUCGCUGGCUGCCUGUCCUCCUGCCCCUUACAUAAUCACAAUAAAUAAAUGAAGGAAUGAAGCGGCGAAUGGCGAAUGGCGACUGGCGAAUCUAUUAGCAUAACAUCGCAUAAGACGUGUCCUGUUCUGGCUCUGGCUUUGGCUCUGUGAGUCUCUCCGAAUCCGAAUCAGUUGCAUUGGAGUCGCUGAGCUGUGAUGAACGUGUGGAAGGCAAAGGUACUCACGGAGGUGCCCUUCGGGCAUGUGCUCGUCGUCAGCGGACGCGUCAAGCCCCAUCCCAAUAAAAUCUCCCUGGACCUCACGGACAAUGUGAACGCGCAGAAUGAGAGCGAAACGGUAUUCCUGAAGAUCGAGGCCAAUUUCCGGGAGGGCCAGAUCAUCAGGAGCAUGUUCCAGCCCGGUGAGGGAUGGCAGCAGGAGGAGAUCUCCAAGAACUGGAAGAGCGACGGUCCCAAGAAUCCCCUGAUCCCAGGCCAGAGCUUUACCUUUCGCGUGGCCGUGCUCCAGCGCUGCUUCGAGAUCUACGUGAACGAUCAGCUGUACGGGUCCUUCGAGUUCGUCAAGUUCCCCAAGCAAAUCAACUACGUGCGGGCCUACGGCGACUUCGAGAAGAUCACCCAGUUCCACCACCGCAUGCUCUUCCCCCUGGUCUUUCCACGCACCCUCAUGUGCCCCGACCGCAUCGCCUUCCAGAGCGACGUGCCACGCCGCUACGAGACGGGCACCGUUGUGGCCAUGGAAUGCAUCGCCAAGGGUCCACCCACCACGGAGUUCUCCAUCUGCUUCCAGUGCAACGACACCGGACGCACCGUGCUCCGCUUCCAGGUGAACUUCGACAGGACGACCGUCUCAAGGAGCUACCAGCGCGAGGACAACAGCUUUGCUAGCGACGACGAGGAGACCGAGGGCGAGUUCCCCUUCGUGCGAGGCAAGCUUUUCAAGAUUGCCUUUGGCCUCGGGGAUCGCGCCUUCCUCAUCGCCGUCAAUGGCCAGUACUUCACGUACUACAACUUUCCGGUGCGCCCCUUCACCAUCUGCACCCUCAAGUGCUUCACCAAUGACGUGGGCGACUUUGCUGUCAGGAGCCUGGAGUACCACUCGGACUCGCCGUUGCUGGCCCGCGUGGAGAAGCUAUCCAUCAUCUAGUGGGAGAUCAGUUUGGAUGGGCUAUGUGUCCGCUUUGUUCAAUCGUUGGCUUUGACAUCCCUGUAGAGCACCAGUUAAUCUUCUUCUUGUGAGCAUUCAAAUAAAUCAAAGUCAACAAUCGAUUGCGAGCAGCACUUCUUUGACGGGACUUUCAAAUUAAUGUAGCAGUACUUAGUCAGCUCUCACCACGUAAUAAAUAAAGCAAAUUGCAAAUUAUCACUCAAUUCG